AUGGUGUCUUUCAAGAAAAUCUUUUUUGCAACCUCCCUUCUCCUUAGUGGAAUUGCUGCAGCCCAAUCCCCAGCUAGUACGCUGAACGUCGCCGCCGCUGAGGUCCGUGCAGUCAACGACUUUGCUAUUGAGUCUCACGACUUGAAUACCAUCGAUGCUCGUGCCAAGCCUAAGAAAACUUGCCGCCCCACGAAGCGAAGCAGACUCGAGCGCAGAGUAUUACACGCAGGUAGUAAUGCGAACCAAGUCAUGGAAAACGAGUAUGUCGACGCAAUGCAGAUUAAGAAUAAUGGCGGCAAAGCAACUGUCGCCGAUUUGAGCGGCUGCACCGCCCUCUUCUUCUACAUGGAUACAACCCUCCGCCGCGUCGUACACAUCUUGUGCGGUAAUGAGGAAACAGAUGCCAAAACUGCAGCGCAGGCUGCUGCUGGCUCAGACAGUGUCACAAUUGGGGCUAACACGCAGCACAAUUUUGAUGAGGCAAAAAAGGGAGUCCUUGCUGGCAAGCCCAAUAUCAAAGUCAAUCUGCAGCAUAUUUACAGCACUGCUAAAGUUACGGAUACAAUUGCGAUAACCCUCCAUAGUAGCGACAGAGCCACAACUAUUACUGAGGGCACUGGUGAGAGAGUUUGCAAGCAGUCUCAGUAG